ACUCUGCUGCUUCUGUCUCGUUCUCUGCAGCGCUGGGCUCUGCACAGUCUGGCUCGCUCUCCCUCUUUUGCUCUCUCAUUUCUGGAGGGCAGCAGCAGUGGAAGUUGCUGUGGAAGUGGUGCAGGAAUUUAGCCCAGAUGCUCUUUAAGCAGGCCGAUCUCUGGAUCCCCCACCAAGGCAAAUGCCGCAAAGAUGAGAUGGCCUCAAGUUUGGGCCUUACCACAAAGAAAGCCCUUACGAUCCUGAGAGACCAGUUGUCAGCACUGCUGGAGGGGCAUCAGAAGGAACGGAAAAAAAUGACUUCCUGGAAGGAGGUGUGGAGGAGCAGUUUUCUGUACCAUGGUAACCGUUGCUCCUGUUUCCACUGGCCUGGUGCAUCUCUGAUGCUUCUGGCAGUGCUGUUGCUGCUCUGCUGCUAUGGAAGUCAGCCACAGGGGAGCCAAGGUGCCGAGAUAGUUAAUGCACUGGCACUCUUCCUCCUUCUCCUCUUGGAUCUCCUCAUGGUUGGGCGUCAAGAGAGGCUGAAGUGCAGAGAGGUGGAGAGGAGACUUCAGACAAUUAUUGAUAAGAUAAAUGAUGCACUUGGCAAAGAGGUGAAAUGGCCAGACUCCAUGUACCCUGAUCUUCACAUGCCUUAUGCCCCAUCCUGGUCCCUUCAUUGGGCCUACAGGGAUGGUCAUCUUGUCAAUCUGCCUGUGAGCCUGUUAGUAGAAGGAGAUGUCAUUGCUUUGAGGCCAGGACAGGAGUCAUUUGCUUCUCUGAGAGGGAUUAAGGAUGAUGAGCACAUUGUUCUGGAGCCAGGAGAUCUGUUUCCACCUUUCUCACCUCCACCCUCCCCGAGAGGAGAAGUGAAGAAGGGACCUCAGAAUCCUCAGCUAUAUCGUCUCUUCCGUGUCUUGAAGACCCCAAUAACUGAUAAUGUCAGAUGGUGUCUGGAAAUGGCUUUGUCACGUCCUGUGACAGCCCUGGAUAAUGAGAGAUUCACUGUACAGUCAGUAAUGCUGAAGUAUGCUGUCCCCAUUGUACUGGCUGGCUUCUUGAUCACCAAUGCUGUGCGCUUCAUUUUUCAAGCUCCUGGAAUUGCUUCUUGGCAGUACACUCUUCUUCAAUUACAGGUGAAUGGUGUCCUGCCCAUCCUUCCGUUGCUCUUUCCUGUCCUGUGGAUUCUUGCUACGGCCUUUGGAGAAGCCAGAGUCUUGGCCCAGAUGAGCAAGGCCUCAUCUACCUCACUGCUUGCUAAGUUUUCAGAGGACACUCUCAGCAGCUACACAGAGAUGGUAUCUUCUCAGGAAAUGAUACGCUGUAUCUGGAGCCACUUCCUAUGUGUUUUGAAAGGCAAAUCCCCGACUCUGAGCUUCACCUCCAGCUUGCUCCAUAGUUUGGGAUCUGUCACUGUGCUCUGCUGUGUAGACAAGCAGGGGAUUCUCUCCUGGCCAAACCCCAGCCCAGAGACUGUUCUGUUCUUCAGUGGGAAGGUGGAACCACCUCAUGAUAGCCACGAAGACCUGACUGAUGAGCUCUCUACACGGUCCUUCUGCCACCCUGAGAUGGAAGAAGAGCCACAUGAAAGAGAUGCUUUGCUCUCUGGCCCCUUGGCAGACACAGUCCAUGUCACCAAUGAGCAAGAGAGGAACAACUGGUCUAGUGACCCUCCAAAAGCUCCCGAUGCCCAUGCCCACCGAAAGCCAAACAGCAGAAGCAAGCACCCCUCUGGGUCCAAUGUGAGUUUUAGCAAGGACACGGAGGGUGGAGAGGAGGAUCAUACUCAGGCUGGUGGUGACAGUGAGGUGUUGGCCUGUGAAGCUGAAGACUUUGUGUGUGACUACCACCUCGAGAUGCUUAGCUUGUCCCAGGACCAACAGAACCCCUCCUGCAUCCAAUUUGAUGAUUCCAACUGGCAGAUGCACUUGAAUUCCCUCAAGCCUCUGGGCCUGAACGUACUGCUCAAUCUCUGCAAUGCCAGUGUGACGGAGCGUCUCUGCCGCUUCUCUGACCACCUCUGCAACAUUGCCCUGCAGGAGACGCACAAUGCUGUGCUGCCUGUCCAUGUGCCCUGGGGCCUCUGUGAGCUUGCCAGGCUAAUAGGUUUCACGCCAGGUGCCAAAGACCUUUUCAAGCAGGAGAACUAUUUGGCCUUAUACCGCCUGCCAAGUGAUGAGGUGGUUAAGGAGACGAUCCUGGGGAAGCUUUCGUCUAUCACCAAGAGGAGACCACCUCUGAGUCACAUGAUUAACCUGUUUGUGAAGGACACCACUACCAGCACUGAGCAGAUGUUUUCUCAUGGGACAGCCGACAUCAUCCUUGAGGCCUGCACAGACUUUUGGGAUGGCACUGAUAUCUACCCCCUCUCUGGCUCUGACAGGAAGAAGGUGUUAGAUUUCUACCAGCGGGCCUGCCUCUCAGGAUACUGUUCUGCCUUUGCAUACAAGCCAAUGCAUUGUGCCUUGUCCUCCCAGCUCAAUGGCAAGUGCAUAGAACUGGUGCAGGUCCCUGGACAGAGUGCUAUCUUCACAUGCUGUGAUCUCCCUGGGACUACCCCCAUCAAACAGAGCAGUCGGAGGAAUAGCUGGAGUUCGGAUGAAGGGAUUGGGGAAGUGAUGGAGAAAGAAGAUUGUAUCCAGGCUCUGAGCGGACAGAUCUUCAUGGGAAUGGUCUCAUCUCAGUAUCAGGCCCGUCUUGACAUUGUCCGCCUCAUUGAUGGAUUGGUCAAUGCCUGCAUUCGUUUUGUCUACUUUUCCUUGGAAGAUGAGCUCAAAAGCAAGGUGUUUGCUGAGAAGAUGGGUCUUGAGACUGGCUGGAAUUGCCACAUAUCUUUAACACCCAAUGGUGAUGUGCCUGGCUCAGAGAUCCCUCCCUCUAGCCCCAGCCACGCUGGCUCUCUGCAUGAUGACCUACAUCAGGUUUCUCGAGAUGACGUGGAGGGGCUUCUGCUGAUGGAGGAGGAAGGGCACUCAGAUCUCAUCAGCUUUCAGCCAACAGAUAGUGAUAUCCCCAGCUUUCUAGAGGACUGUAACAGGGCCAAACUUCCACGUGGGAUCCACCAAGUGAGACCUCACCUGCAGAACAUAGACAAUGUGCCUUUGCUGGUGCCACUCUUCACAGACUGCACCCCAGAGACCAUGUGUGAGAUGAUCAAGAUCAUGCAGGAGUAUGGGGAGGUGACCUGCUGUCUGGGAAGCUCUGCCAACCUGCGGAACAGCUGCCUUUUCCUGCAAAGUGACAUCAGUAUAGCACUGGACCCUCUUUACCCAUCUCGCUGCUCCUGGGAGACCUUUGGCUAUGCCACCAGCACCACCAUGACUCACAUCUCUGAUGAGCUCACCCCACUGCAGCUCUCAGGGCAACUCAACAGCCUACCUUGCUCCAUGUCCUUUCGCCAAGAAGAAAGUACCAGCAUCAUCAGGCUUAUAGAGCAGGCCAGGCACGCAACGUACGGUAUCCGCAAGUGUUUCCUCUUUCUGCUACAGUGCCAGCUGACCCUGGUCAUCAUUCAGUUCCUCUCCUGCCUGGUGCAGCUGCCCCCCAUCCUCAGUACCACAGACAUCGUGUGGCUCUCCUGUUUCUGCUACCCACUGCUCAGCAUCUCGCUCCUGGGCAAGCCCCCCCACAGCUCCAUCAUGACCAUGGCAACAGGAAAAAACCUGACUUCCAUUCCUAAGAAGACUCAGCACUACUUCCUGUUCGGCUCCCUGCUGAAAUUCAGCCUGACCAUCUGCUCCUGCCUCAUCUGCUUUGGGUUCACACUGCAUGAAUCCUGCAAAGAGGUGAACACCACCAGCCUCAAUCUCACAGCCUGCUCCUCCAUCAUGCUGCACAGCAACGCCGGUGGUGCUCCUGACUGGUUUGGGACAUUUUCCAAUGCCCUUCUUGUAGCCCAGAAGCUCGCAGCUGGCUUGAUUGUUUUACACACAGUGUUCAUAUCUAUAACCCAUGUCCAUCGCACCAAGCCGCUGUGGAAGAAGAGUCCCCUCUCUAACCGGUGGUGGACACUCACCGUGGCUGUUGUAUUGCUGGGGCAAGUGGCACAAACUGUGCUGGACCUGAAACUCUGGGAAAACCUCAGUUCUCCGUUGACCUUUAACUACGUUCCCAUCUCCCCGGUCUCAUGGCUCCUGGGUUUUCUUUCCCUGGUCCUUGUGGUUAUCAUCAAUGAGAUUGUCAAGCUGCACGAAAUCAGGGUCCGAGUCCGUUACCAAAAGAGGCAGAAGCUGCAGUUCGAAACAAAGCUGGGGAUGAAUUCUCCGUUUUAAACCCUGCCAGCUCGGGUUCCCUGGGGCCAGGGCCACACAGCAGCGUGGGAGAGCAGCUGCACCAGAGGCUCACGGAGUUUCCCCUUGCACAUGCAAACCAGACGGCCUCCUUGCAAAACCACAUCAGCACCUUCCGGGGGGGCCCAAGCAGGGCCCUGCUAUCAGGAUCCCCCAGCAGGUAUGCAGCUCCCCUCCCCAGCCUGCUAGAGUGCUUGAGGGAGUCUGCAAGCUCUGCUGACCAUUCAGGCUGCUCUUCCUUUAUUUAUUUAUUACUAGAGGUUUUUUGUUAGUAUCGUGGUGAUGCUGAAAUGAAGCGACUCCUUCCCUCUAUGUGAGCAGAUGGGUUUUCCUGGACCUGGCAGGAGAAUCUGGGCCAGCAGGGGAGACAGAGGGCUGCUGAGGCAAGAAAUCACUGUUGAAACCCUUUUUUUUUUUUUUUCCCUCCCCCCCCCUUCCUUGUGCGCUCCCCUGGAUGGUGUGUGUGUGUGUGUGGUGUGUGUGCACAUGCCUGUGCAUGCCCUCAGUCACCUCCCUCUCCCUGUGUCCUGGGGGAUGGAGCCACCCCCCUGGCUGCCCCAGGAGCACUGGUGCGCUAGGCAAGGACUGGAGCUCGCUUUCCCAGCUGGACACUGGGGAGGGUCUCUGGUAACAUGCUGGGAAAGCCCCUGCGGUGGCCAGGCUGUGCCAGGCCUGCUCUCUAGGGUUGUUGCUCUAGCCCUAGAGCCAUAGUUGUGCAGGGCCUGAAGAACAGCUGUCUGUGUUUUACCUUGGUGAUUUGGUGCACAGGGAGGCAGGAGAGCAGCCCUGCCUGCUGGCAGGGAGUCGGCAUGGCCCUGCUUCCUGCAGCUCUGUUGAAUCAGCUCUUGUCUGCUUUGACAACCCCCAAAGAGGUAGGUUUGUAGCUGUCCUCAUUUUUGUGUACUUCAGUAAAUGUCUGCCUGAGAAGGCCACAGCAAUACCUGUAGCUAGGGAUAAAGCCUGAGACCUGCCUAUCCUGCCGCGGAGGAAGGAGACAUUUUUCCAGGCAGGAUAUCUGUAUCUCGCAGUUGUAACACAGAGCUGGGGGAUGGCUCCCUUCCCAGGCCUGGGACUAUGCUGCACCCAGUUCUUGCUCUGCAAGGCACAGGGAAACCCUCCCACAAUCAAGUCUUUCUAUGCUAGUGUUGGGAGGGCUCUUGACACUGUGCUGCUGCCCUCACAGCUGUUCCCGGUUGCUCUGGAGGUCUCUUCUCCACCUGACUGGGGGAAACCUUCCCCUGAGGGCUGGGCGGGUGCAAGCCGUGUUUUACCCCAGUGCAGCACAUAGGCACUUGAGAUGCGAACAGACACAGUUAUCCUUGGUGCGCCAGUGCCAUCGUGGUUUGGUGGUCAGGGGCCACAAGAGAGCACACAGGCUUGGCUUCCAGAAUCCUUACAGCCCAUGGAGCUAUUUACUCCCUUCCUAGCUCUGAGACCUGAGUGACUCGGGCAAAUCCUGGCCCUGUUUUUGCUUCCAAUAUUAACUCUACACUACAUGGCUGUUGUUUCCCUCCAGUAAGUGAGACUAACAAAUAGGUUGCUGGUCCUUCCCUGGAAGGCAGGGAGCUGGCUAGGACCCCCCAGCCCUGCCCUGAUGCUCCACCUCGUCUUCCUCACGUUUCCCAAAACCAGGGAGCACGCAAAACACACGUCUCUAAGCAAUACCCUUCGCCCCACUGUGGGGCUGGUAGGAGCGCAGAGCUGGGGAAUGGCCAGCCUCUGAGCCUGGGGGGCAGACGGAGGAUGCCGGCGAGAGCCGGCGGGGGUGCCGAGAGGCCUGGAGCGCGUCCCUCCAGCCAGAGCGUGGCUGUUGGGACGCCGGAGUGCAGCUGUUUGGACUCUGCGCUACCAACAGGGCUGCAGGGGAGAGGGAGCCAGCAGCUCCCUGGGGCAAGGCAGGGCUGCUCUCCUGCAGCGCAGCGGCACCAGGCCGGUCCUUCCUGCAGAGUGGGACUGCUCACCCCCACCAGCGAGGCUGAACUCUGCCUUCCCUCCUCUCAGGCCUGCAAAGCUGCCUGGCUCAGGGAGAACAAGCUGCGUCUUACCCAGUCUCGCUUCACUAAAAGUCGGCUCCAGAUCUGUUGCCACUGGUGCCUGAUAAAUCGGCUUCUCUUUCUGAUCCCAGGGUCGGCUGGCAGGUAGGACACGUUCUCCUUCUGCGGGGCUGGGCUGGGCUGGGCUGACCCGGAGUCAGACGCAGCACCCAGCCACUCGGCUGCUCUUCCUGCAGAGCCGCGUCCUCCCCCAGAUCUUAGCUCUUGCUCUGUGCCGCUAACUGUUGUAGGUGAUAAAUGGCAGCAGCUACCAGGGCUUCCUGCUGGCCACACCUUCUUCUAGAGCAGGCCUCUCCGAGGUUUCCUUCUCUGGGUGAUCACAAAUGUUUAUUUUCCCUCACCCUCCUUCCCCUGCUAGACUUGGAUGGAGCAGAGGCGUAUGAAUGGAGCCUUUUGGAUGGUCUUGCCAUUGCCACCCUUCCCUCAGCCCAUUGAGGCAUCUGAGGGCCAGGGUGCAUGGCUUCAGAAAGAAAUUUCCUACAUCAAGAUGUUUUUAAAUGGUGUAUAUUUUAUAUUAAAUUUUUUG